UAAAAACAGGCCACUCGUCGUAUGGUAGCACACGGUUGGCACUGCUGGUUAGGUACUACACGCUCACGAAUUUCGGUGAAAUCAAACAGCUCUUGGCAAAAUGACGUCUUCAAGCUCCGCAUCUAUUUUCUCAUUCAUGUUGAUGGCAUUUCUUUGCAACAUGAUGGUGACUUCAACUGGAUUACCGACUAAGGUUGACGAUGCCCAAUCUAGGCAGAUUUUUUUCGUACCCCAAUACAAUUACCCAAACGUCGUUCCAGCGAAUUUUUAUAAUCCUUAUGCUGAAGCGAUUGUGAAUCCUGCAGCGGUGGUUCCCAGUGAGAAUCCGAGUUUUCCUUACUUUUAUGCUCCGCCAUCACUAGGUGGCUUCGCACUUGAAACGGCGGAUUUCAGUCGAGGCUCAAGAGCAACUGUUUUGAUGUUACCAUCAGAUACGGAAUGUCUUAUGGCUGACACGGCCAGCAACGGUGGUGGCCCUUGCAAAGCAGCAUCGCAAGCACGCUCUGGAACCAUCGACAUCAAAUUGGGUGUUGCAGACCAAUCAGCUAAUGUUGCAGUAACAGCUGCAUCGGCGAAUACCAGAAUUAGAUUGACUUGUACUGAGAUGGUUGCUGCAGCAGCUUUCACGCAAAACGGCAAGAUCGGUGCACCAUCGGAUACACCUAGGUUCGAAAGGGGCUUCCUGAAUCUGGCGGUGAUCAGUACCGCAGCUAACGCCAGAGUGAAGUGUUCGUGGCGUAUUUAAUCGCAAUAACUAGCCUCCCUAUAUACAUGCUGACUAAGUUUUGCUG